GAUAUAUGGAGUACCAGAUCAGAUCGAUUUUCUAGCUCUCCUCAACACAUUCCAUCCUUUUUCACAAAAUCUGCCUGCUUGAUUCGGAAGCUGCAUCCCAAAAUUCAGAACUUUUUUUGUUCUGCGAAAAGAAGGAAAAGAGACAACCAAGGGCAUCAUCAUCACCAUGUCUCCACGGGUGCACUUGCAUAUUGAGGACAGCCAUGUGACAAUGGAUAAUGGUAUACUCCAAGUAACAUUAUCAAAUCCAGAUGGAAUUGUGACUGGUAUAAAAUAUAAUGGCAUCGACAAUUUGCUUGAAGUUCUCAAUGAGGAGGUCAAUAGAGGGUACUGGGACCUUGUCUGGAGUGAAACAGGAAGUACAGGAACAACGGGUACAUCCGAUGUGAUCAAAGGAGCAAGUUUUAGGGUUGUAGUUGAAAAGGAUGAACAGGUAGAGAUCUCAUUCACGAGGCUAUGGGAUCCCUCGCUUCAGGGAAACCUCGUCCCCUUAAAUAUAGACAAGAGGUUUAUAAUGCUACGUAAUUCCCCGGGAUUCUAUACCUACGCCAUCUACGAUCACUUAAAGGAAUGGCCUCCUUUCAACCUCCCACAGACCAGGAUUGUCUUCAAACUCAGAAAAGACAAGUUUCACUACAUGGCAAUGGCGGACAAUAGACAAAGAUACAUGCCUCUUCCAGACGAUCGGUUACCAGAAAGAGGUGAACCUCUGGCUACACCAGAAGCAGUCUUGCUCGUUAAUCCUGUGGAGUCAGAGUUCAAAGGAGAGGUGGAUGACAAGUACCAGUAUUCGUGUGAGAACAAAGAUCUUCAGGUCCAUGGAUGGAUCUGUACCGACCCGCCCGUGGGGUUCUGGCAAAUCACACCUAGCAGUGAGUUUCGAUCGGGUGGGCCCAUCAAACAGAACUUGACUUCCCAUGUGGGGCCCGUCAACCUUGCUAUGUUUCUCAGCGCUCAUUAUGCAGGAGAGGAUCUUGUGCUCAAACUGAAGCCCAACGAGCCAUGGAAGAAAGUUUUUGGCCCCAUUUUUAUGUACCUUAAUUCUAUGUCGACAGAUGAUCAUGCAAGUGACCCAUUUUUCCUUUGGGAAGAUGCUAAAACACAAAUGAAGAUUGAAGUUGAAAGCUGGCCCUACCAUUUUCCAGCUUCGGAGGAUUUUCCAUCAUCCGAUCAAAGGGGCUGUGUUAGUGGUAGAUUGCUUAUUCAAGACAGGUAUUCAAGUGACGAGUGGAUUCCCGCAAACUUCGCUUACGUUGGCCUGGCCCCACCUGGAGAGCUUGGUUCCUGGCAAACAGAAUGCAAGGGUUACCAGUUUUGGACCGAAGCAGAUGCAUGUGGCUGUUUCGCCCUAAAUCACAUACGAACAGGGGAUUACAAUCUUUAUGCAUGGAUUCCUGGAAUUAUUGGUGACUAUAGGUGUGAUGUUCUCAUUACCAUAACUGCAGGUUGUGAUAUGAACUUGGGAGACCUAAUAUUUGAGCCACCAAGAGAUGGUCCUACAAUGUGGGAAAUAGGGAUUCCAAAUCGCUCUGCUGCUGAAUUCUACAUCCCCGAUCCUAAUCCAAAGUAUAUCAACAAGCUUUAUGUGAAUCAUCCCGACAGGUUUAGGCAGUACGGAUUGUGGGAAAGAUAUGCAGAUUUAUAUCCCGAUGGGGAUUUGGUUUACACAGUGGGCGUUAAUGAUUAUAGGAAAGAUUGGUUUUUUGCUCAGGUUACCAGGAAAGUAGAUGAGGACACAUAUCAAGGAACCACAUGGCAAAUCAAGUUCCAACUUCCCCAAGUAGAUACAAUCGGAGUCUAUAAACUGCGAUUGGCACUUGCAACAGUGAAUGCCUCUGAAUUACAGGUUCGUGUAAACGAUCCUGAAGCAAAUCCUCCCAUGUUUACAACUGGAGUAAUUGGGCAUGACAACACAAUUGCCAGACAUGGAAUCCAUGGACUGUACCGGCUGUACAACAUUGAAGUGCCAGGUGCUUUGCUCCUGACUGGGGACAAUACCAUUUUCCUAACACAAACAUCAGUCACCGGCCCUCUUCAAGGGAUCAUGUAUGACUACAUUCGUUUUGAAGGCCCACCUUCCUAACUAGCUACUGGAUAAUUUGUAUCAGUCGUUUAUUAUUGGUGUUGUACAUUACAUGCAUGCACAUCUUCAAUAUUUGAGUGUAUAAACCCAAAUAAAAUUCUAGCUACUUAAUUCCAUAUAUAAAAUUAAGUAAUGCUACUCA